AUGAAGAGAAGGUCUCAUUCAGUGAACCUCGGAAAAACUAAGCACAAGCCAGAGGAGACAUGCCAGGCCUUCGAGGAUAUCUCUAAAUACUUCUCUAAGGAAGAGUGGAAAAAGCUGAGCCGUUCAGAGAAGAUCACAUAUGUGUAUAUGAAAAGAAACUACACCACCAUGACUAAUCUAGGCCUCAGAGCCCAUCUCCCAGAUUUCAUGGAAUCUAAGGAACGGGUCACAAAAUCUGUGCUCAGUGAUUCUGAUGAAGUUUCCAGCCACGAGAGUCAAGAUAAGAGGAAGAAUCCCGUGGUGUGAAGAAGAUCAUCAUAGGCCUCAAGAUUAUGGGCACAAUUCUAAAAUCCUAAGCAUCAGAAAGAAAAAUUCUCAGCACAGAAAGUUAAGCAUCAUUGUACCUUCUAAGUGCUAAGGACUGUCUUUGUACUGAGUUUUUACUCUAUAUGCACUGUUCUUGGCGUGUCCAUGUACUUCUCUUAACAUUGCU